AAACUUAAUCUGCAAGUUUAAGUCUGUGGGCGCGGACAAACUGUGCUACUUUGGUAAUCAUAAAAGUUGUUUUUCUGCAUAUCGAUAAAAAAAUUUGGAAUGAGUCAAGAAAAUUUAGAUGAAUUACUUAAUCUGGCUGUACAAUGCGCUAAGGAAGCCGGAAAGCUGAUAGUUAGUGCUAUAAAUAAAGAAAAAAAAAUUCAAACAAAAACAUCUUCUACCGAUUUAGUUACUGAAACCGAUAAAGCUUGUGAAGAGCUUAUUGUUACAAAAAUUAAGGAUUUAUACCCGGAUCAUGACAUAAUUGGAGAAGAAUCUACUGUUUUAAACUCGAAAGUACAUCUGACUAGCCGUCCUACUUGGAUAAUAGACCCAAUUGAUGGCACUACUAAUUUUGUGCAUGGAUUUCCUUAUGUAGCCGUGUGCAUUGGCUUUUCUAUUAAGCAAAAAGUUAAACUCGGCGUUGUUUAUAAUCCCAUACUUAACCGGCUAUACUAUGCGAAAGAAGGCGGUGGAGCUUUCCUUAAUUCACAACGUAUAGAGGCCAGUCAGUGUACCGACUUAACGAAAUCGCUUCUAAUUUCCGAAUGGGGGUCUAAUCGGAAGCCAGAACGCUUAAAGAAGGUUCAAGAAAACUUUAACAAUUUCCUAACUUGCCCCUGUCACGGCAUCCGUUCUACUGGAUCAGCAGCGCUGAACAUGUGCUUAAUAGCUGAGGGGCGGGCAGACGGAAAUUAUGAAUUUGGCAUCCACGUGUGGGAUUACGCUGCUUCCUCCAUUAUUGUCGAAGAGGCGAAUGGCGUGGUGUUGGACGUCACUAGUGGCAGCGUAGAUCUACUCGCUAGAAGAGUGGUUGCAGCCGGUACAAAGAAAAUUGCUUUGGAGAUUUGCGCUAAUUUGGUAGAAAUACAAGAUGAGCGCGACUGAGCUUUAAAAAAAUAAUUUUAUUUGUAUAAAAAAUAAAAUGCGAACAGAUUAUGCGGUCAGAUGAGCAUAAUACGUUGUUUUACAA